AUGUAUUGUUUGGGCGAAUUCAUUCGGCCGGUGAGUUGUUACACACUCCUUAGCGGAUUCCGACUUCCAUGGCCAUCGUCCGGCUGUCUAGAUGAACUAACACCUUUUGUGGUGUCUGAUGAGCGUGUAUUCUGGCACUUUAACUUUACGUUCGGUUCAUCUCGCAUCGCCAGUUCUGCUUACCAAAAAUGA